CGUUUUUAGCCUGGAGCAGGGAUUUGAGUCUUAGAAUUUGUUUUUGGUGAUGUCCAUAAACGUUGCAUAUCAUAUACCAUGUAUGGAAUCCCGAGGCAGUUGUUUAACGCAAGGCUUGCUUUAACGCAUCCCAGAGACCAAGUACGGCGUGUGUUUUAUGAUCUUGUAAAUGAGCAGUGAUGUUGUGAAACGUGUGCUUGAGGGGGAUGGUGAACGGGGGUCUGGUGUCUGAUAGGGAUUUAUCUGUGACCCCCCCCCCUCCCUUUGUCUGGAUGGUGGAGUACUCCCAAGAGAGCCAUGGUGGACACGCAGGAAUCCUCAGGCAACAUUUCCAGAGAUUCGCCCACAUCCUUUGUGCAAGAGUCUGGAUUUUUAUCAAUAACGAGUGGCAGGACUCCGUCAGUGGGAAGGUCUUUCCAGCUUUGAACCCAGCGACUGGAGAGCAGAUAUGUGACGUCCAAGAAGCAGAUAAGGCCGAUGUUGAUAAAGCAGUGCAGGCGGCACGUCUCGCCUUUUCAUUGGGUUCUGUAUGGCGAAGGAUGGACGCAUCCGAGCGGGGACGACUGCUCUCCAAGAUGGCAGAUCUGGUGGAGAGAGACAGCAUCUAUCUGGCUACUAUUGAGUCACUGAACAGUGGGAAGCCUUUUCUGACCACUCUGUUUGUGGACCUUCAAGGGACCAUAAAGACAUUGAGAUACUUUGCUGGAUACGCAGACAAGAUCCAUGGCACUUCGAUUCCGAUGGAUGGAGAGUAUCUGACAUUUACCAGAUAUGAGCCCAUUGGAGUUUGCGGACAAAUUAUUCCUUGGAACUUCCCGCUGAUGAUGACGGCGUGGAAGCUGGGGCCGGCGCUGGCAUGUGGAAAUACUGUUGUCCUCAAACCUGCUGAGCAGACGCCGCUCACCUGCCUCUACAUGGCGGCACUUGUCAAGGAGGCCGGCUUUCCACCGGGAGUCGUCAAUAUUUUGCCGGGAUUCGGGCCAACGGCGGGAGCAGCGAUCGCUUCGCACAUGGGCAUCGACAAAGUGGCGUUCACAGGCUCGACAGAGGUUGGCAAACUGAUUCAAGAAGCAGCCGGGAAGACUAACCUGAAGAGAGUGACGCUGGAGCUGGGAGGCAAGAAUCCAAACAUCAUAUUUGCAGAUGCAGACUUGGAUCUGGCUGUUGAACAGGCCCACCAGGGCGUGUUCUUCAACGCUGGCCAGUGUUGCACCGCAGGCUCGCGCGUUUUUGUGGAGGAGCCCAUAUAUGAAGAGUUUGUCCGCAGGAGUGUGGAAAGAGCCCAGAGGAGGACGGUGGGCAGCCCCUUUGAUCCCACCGCAGAGCAGGGGCCACAGAUCAGUCGGGAGCAUCAGAAUCGCGUAUUGGAGUUCAUCCAGAGUGGCAUCAGUGAAGGUGCCAAGCUGGAGUGUGGAGGCAAAGCUCUGGGCGUGAAGGGCUUCUUCAUUGAGCCCACCGUGUUCUCCAGCGUGAGGGAUGACAUGCGAAUUGCCAGAGAAGAGAUUUUUGGACCAGUACAGCAGAUUAUGAAGUUCAAAACGGUGGAGGAAGUGAUCGAGCGGGCCAACAACACACACUACGGGUUGGCUGCUGCGGUGUUCACAAGUGACAUCAACAAAGCCAUGACCAUAUCUACAGCCAUGCAGGCUGGCACUGUCUGGAUAAACUGCUUCAACGCUCUCAGCACACAGUGUCCAUUUGGAGGAUAUAAAAUGUCUGGCAAUGGACGUGAAUUGGGUGAGAGUGGCCUGAGGGAGUAUACAGAGGUGAAGACCAUCACCAUGAAGAUGGUUGCCAAGAACUCUUAAGGCAUCCUCUCGUUCUCGGAGGAGGAGGUAGCAUCUUCGUCAGUACUGAUAGGUGACAAAUGAUCAAACUCUCCACGGUGACUACAGGCUGUAACUGCUCUCCGCCCCUCGACCGCCCUCCCCCCUGGCACCCUUCGGACUGUCGCCCGGUCCCAACGUCGUGACUUCUAGCUGACCUGAGUGUGCGCACCGGACAACCACUGAAGCACCCUGUUUACCUCCUCCACUAACUCCACUAAAGCACUCACAAAGACAAUGGGGCAAACCCCAAUAACCUCCAACCGCUAUACCAUUAUCCCCACCUACACCUCCCUCUUCAGAGUGUGUAGAUGCUGCUGCCAGACGCCGUCGCUGCAAUUGCAAUCCAACAUUUCCUUACCGCCUGUGUUGGAGGCAGUGCCAUCAAACCUCAAGCGUUGUUGCUUAUCGCUAGAAUUUAUGCAAGCAUGUGCCCCCUGAGUUCAAGACCUCUGAUGACGUCAUCAGCCUCAGUUAUGAAUGGAUAAAAUGUUAAUUCCGAAUUGAUUUCUAAUUGUCUUUGUUUUAACUUGACUUAACACUGUAUGUCGACCUUUGACUUUGAUUUGAACCUCUUUAAAAAAAACUUUUACUCUCACCUGCUAAAAGGGGGCUAGAUGUGUUUGAAAUGUGAUGUAACUGAUUGUCAUUGAUGUCCAUCUAUCUUAUGUUUAUACAACCAUAUGAUAUAAAAUUAUAAAAUUA